AUGCGUCGUAAAAUGAAAUUCUGCGCUCUCUUGCAUAUUGACGAGCAAAUUCAAGAAUUCGAACGGAACUCUUCAAAAAUUCCUGAAAAUUCCACCAGAAAUGUCUGUGAAACUCCAGAAUGUGUGAAUUUGGCUCAUGAAUUGCUAAACUGGCGAGACAAAACUGUAAAUCCCUGUGACAAUUUCUAUAAAGCAUCGUGUGGAAAUUAUAUCGAACUUGAGAUAACGGAUGGGACGAGAAAUACGAAAAAGGGAAAGGUGAUUAAGAGACUGAUUAAAGAAAUUUUGGUAAAAAAUCACGAAACCGAAUCGAAAUCGGAAAACACCAUGAAGCAAUUGUAUUGGAAAUGUGAGGAUUUGAAAAAUAAAACGAUCUUCAAUUCGCAAUACAACAAAAUGAUGAAAGAAAUUUUCCGGGAUAUUCAAUUUGUUGGUCCUUCCCCCAUUUUUAAUUCAAAAUGGAAACCAUCAAUGUUUGAUUUGAAUAAAAUGCUUUCAAAUUUGGCAAAACUAGGCCAUUAUAACUUUGGAUUGUACAAAUUGACUAAGCGGCAAGGAUGGGAUAUGGUUUUGGAGACUGAUUAUGAAGGCGUCCAGCAUUCUGGAGAGCAGAAAAUGUUUCAGAUAAUCUCCGCUAUCCUCGAAGCCAAUCAAAUCAAAUUCAAUGAGAGUUCAAUCCAUGAAGAUUUACGAAAUGUACAUGAAUUUUAUGAGGAGCUGAAAGUGAAUUCCUCUGGAUGGAACAAAUUGGCGAAAAUCGCUCCUAAUAUUCAAUUUGAGACGAUUCUCAAAAAUUUACUACACCCGAAAAAUGGAAAUUGGACAAUGCUGAGACCGAAAAUUCUAAAUGCAGAAGCGGUUUUUGAGAAAUUUUCCUUGAAUCGAACGAAUACUAAUGGAACCCUGUCUAAAAUUUUGGCAAAUUAUUUGGUUUUGAGAUUCAUCAAAAAUUCGUAUUCUUCAAUUUCCUACACGGCUACUGUAGCAUCGAACAGAGCAUGUGAUGACCUAGUCAUUCAUAAUUUGCCACGUGCCACACUCCGUGCCUUCGUACAACAUCAUUUCGAUAGAGAAAAUCUGAAAAUCGUAUCAGAAAUGCUGGAAAAAACGAGACAUACCUAUUUGGAAAUCAUUGGAAAUACCACGUGGCUAUCGGAGGAAGGAAAAAAGCGCGCGAGUUUGAAAAUUGAAAAAAUUAAAAAAUUGGUCGGAUAUCCGGAUGAAUAUAAUAAAAAAGGAGCACUAGAUGAGACUUUCGAGACAUUAGAUACCAAAAAAACAGAUUCAUUUUAUACCCUAAUGAAGAAAAUCAAAAAAUAUCGAGCUGAGAUUUUGAUGGAUUUUAUUGCGUUCAAUAAGACACUGGAUCCGAAUAAAGAAUUGUUUACGGUUAAUGCAUUCUAUUCAGCGGCAUUGAAUCAAUUGAGUAUAAUGGUCCCAUUCAUCGAUGAACCCAACAUGGAUUCCUCUUAUCCAGUUUAUGCGAAAUAUGCAGUGACCGGGGAUAUUCUAGGUCAUGAAAUGGGUCACAGUAUGGAUACAUUAGGAAUUCAAUGGAAUGAGUUUGGAGAAUAUGAGAGAUGGAUGCCAGAAGAAGAUGAAAAGAAAUAUAAAAAGAGAAUUCAAUGUCUGAGAGAUCAAUAUGAACAUUAUGAUGAUCCAGAUUUCGGGAAACAUAAUCUCAGAAUCUCAGAAUCUCAGAAUCUCAGAAUCUCAGAAUCUCAGAAUCUCAGAAUCUCAGAAUCUCAGAAUCUCAGAAUCUCAGAAUCUCAGAAUCUCAGAAUCUCAGAAUCUCAGAAUCUCAGAAUCUCAGAAUCUCAGAAUCUCAGAAUCUCAGAAUCUCAGAAUCUCAGAAUCUCAGAAUCUCAGAAUCUCAGAAUCUCAGAAAACCUCAAAAAGAAAGAAUUUCAGAAAACCUCAAAAAGAAAGAAUUUCAGAAUUUCAGAAUUUCAAUUUUUUCAGCUCGACUCCUCCAAAGUCAUCAACGAAAUCAUUGCUGACCGCCACGGAAUCGACGCGGCCAUUCAAACCUACCGUAGCCUCAAACUACAAAAUGAGCCAAAAAUCAUUGGUUUCGAAAAUGAGAGUCCCGAAAAAAUGAUGUUCCGGAUAUUAGCCCUGAAAAACUAUCAAAAUACAAGUGUGGAGCCGUGUGAGGAUUUCUUUGAGCACUCGUGUGGCCGGCUCCAUGAGCACAUGCUAGAGGACUCCAAUUGGGGAUAUAGCCAGUUCAGAAUGUUGAUGUAUCAGGUUUUUUGUGAGUUUUUUUUCAGAUUUUUUUCUUUAAAAAUUUUCAAAAAAAAAAUUCCAGCUAUAAUUCGAAAAACUAAGAAAUUCACUUCUCGACCCAAAGAGCAACUUCGGAUUUUCGCUAAAAAGUGUUUGGACCGUGGAGCCAUGAAUAAGGAUAAUUUGGAAGGACUGAGAAAGGAUAUUCAGAUGAGAGGAGGAUUUCCAAUGAUUGAUUCGAAUUGGGAUGAGUCGAAGUUUGAUUUGAGUGAAAUGCUGUCCAAGUACCUCUCGAUAAAUCGUAAUCGAAUGGGUUUCUUAUCAGUUGAACCAUUCACUACUGUUGAAAAUGGUACAGUAGUCAAUAUGCUCUACGUUGGACCCGGUCCACAAUACGUUUACAAUUAUGCAAUGUCAAUUGGAAUUUAUAAGGACUCGGUGGCUUUUAUUCUUGAACGACUAUUGAAACUGGAAAAUCGCACACUGAAUCGUACCGAAUAUGAGGAAGAGUUUCAGAAAUUGGUGGAUUUGGAGGAGAGAUUUGCGAAUGUGAGUUGCCAAUUUUUCUCUGAAAAGUUGAAAAAUUCUAAAUUCCAGCUUGCUGACUAUAAAAAUCUCAACUUGGACAAUGACAACAUGUCCAAAGCAAAAAAUCUCAGUGACUUAGCUAAAAUGAUCCCAGAAAUUGAUUGGUAUAAAAUUAUGAGAGCACUACCUAGACAGAAAAUGACGUCAGAAGAGGAGAAGAAAUUUUUCUCGAAGAUUCGGGUUCAUGGAGGUGGAGAAUACUUUUUUGGAGAGAAAAGGGAGCUUGCUCAAAUCGCCAUAACAACCCCAAAAACAGUGCUUGCCAACUAUCUGGUGGUCCGCCAAAUUAUUGAUGUUGCCCUUUAUUAUUACGACAAAGAUCAACCAAGACAAGGAAAGUUUUAUAAUCAUGAGAAUCAACAAGUGUUUUGUGUAGAUCAACUCGCCUUCUUUUUCCCAAUGCCCUCAAUGAAUGUGUUCAUCGAAACCAGCGGAUAUAAAAUGGAAAAUUUGAAAAUCAUUGAAAGGAUUUUCAAAGAAAUCAAGCUGGAAUAUACCCAACUUUUCCAAGAAAACCAGUGGUUGGAGCCGAAAAUUCGAGAAUUUUUUAUCAGAAAAUUGAAUGCGAUUAGUGGAAAAUUUGGGUUUCAAGAGUACAUAGAGGGACAACCUUUGCUGGAAAAAAUGUAUCAGACUGUAAGUCUAGACUUCCUGGAAACGGACACCCCUUAUCAGAUUUAUAUGAAAAUGUGGAGGCAUCGAACGGAGCAAGUAGUUGAGCAUAUAAUGUAUAACACACCAUUGAAUCCAGUGAAUUUGAGACAAUUUGCAUUGUAUGCUGCAUAUAAUUCGUAUGGAAAUGUUUUUAACAUCAAUCUUGCCUAUCUAACUUAUCCAUGGUUUGAUGCGGAUUUCCCGUCCUACAGUAACUAUGGAUAUUUGGGAUAUGUGAUUGGUCAUGAAAUUGGUCAUGCGUUUGAUCAUUUUCAUAGAAAACUUGAUGAAAACGGAAUUCAGCAUAAAUUUUGGUUAACCGAAACGAAUUCGUCGAAUAUUGAAUAUAAUAAAAGGGAGAAAUGUUUGAGAGAUCAGUACUCGAGCUAUAAGGAACCCGGUUAUGACUUUUUUAUGAACGGCACUGUAACUCGAUACGAAAUUGUUGGGGACCAUCUCGGUCUUCGAACUGCUUAUAGAAUAUUCAAAAAAGCUGAAAAUUUGGAUACUGUAAAAUUGCCAGGAUUUGAUGACGUUUCACCGGACCAAAUGUUCUUUUAUAGUUAUGCACUGAGACAAUGCGACAUCUAUAACCCAACUAUAAGACCCGAAUAUCUGAAAGGCCGUCCCCACCCUACAAGCCGUUUUCGAGUGAAUGGAGUCAUUCAGAAUCUUCCAGAAUUCUCAGAAGCGUUUAAUUGUCCCAAAACGGCGGCUAUGAACUUGAAAAAUAAAUGUACACUUUUCUAA